UGGGCUCAAAGGGGGCUUUUCUGUCACCACGUGAGGGCUGGUUUAGUUAGUCCGAGACGGGCACCAAAUCAAGCCGAGCGAGGACUCCGAGAAGAAGGGGGUAAAAGCCAGGAUAGCCGCUGCCAAACACAUCCGCACUCAUUUCACAUGUGCUGAUAUAGAGAGCGUAAAGGAUGCCGACAGUCACUCUGCCACCCAAAGAAAACGCUCUCUUCAAGAGGAUUCUGAGAUGUUAUGAACACAAGCAGUACAGAAAUGGGCUGAAAUUUUGCAAACAGAUUCUCUCCAAUCCCAAAUUCUCAGAGCAUGGAGAGACUCUGGCAAUGAAAGGGUUGACACUGAACUGCUUGGGGAAGAAAGAAGAAGCUUAUGAACUUGUCCGCAAAGGCCUCAGAAACGAUCUGAAGAGCCAUGUCUGUUGGCACGUGUACGGUCUACUCCAGAGGUCUGACAAGAAGUAUGAUGAGGCUAUUAAGUGCUACAGGAACGCACUGAAAUGGGACAAAGACAACUUGCAGAUCCUUCGAGAUCUUUCGCUGCUGCAGAUCCAGAUGAGAGAUCUGGAAGGUUAUAGGGAGACCAGAUAUCAGCUACUACAGUUGCGGCCAGCCCAGCGAGCAUCAUGGAUUGGUUAUGCCAUUGCAUAUCACCUCUUGGAGGACUAUGAGAUGGCUGCCAAAAUCAUUGAGGAGUUUAGAAAAACACAGCAGACAUCCCCUGAUAAGGUGGAUUAUGAGUACAGUGAGCUGCUGCUGUAUCAGAAUCAGGUCCUGAUGGAGGCGGGGCUCAUGAAAGAAGCGCUGGAGCAUCUCACCACCUACGAGAAACAGAUCUGUGAUAAACUGGCUGUGGAAGAGACCAAAGGAGAACUGCUGUUGAAUCUAGAACGGUAUGAGGAGGCAGCAGAUGUGUACAGACGACUACAGGAGAGAAAUCCGGAGAACUGGACAUAUUACCAUGGCCUGGAGAAAGCCCUCAAAGCUGUGAGUACAGAAGAGAAGCUGAAGAUCUAUGAGGAGGCCUGGGAGAAAUACCCUAAAGGCCUUGUACCUUGCAGACUACCACUCAGCUUCCUGUCUGGAGAUAUGUUUCGGGAGUGUCUGGAUAGAUAUUUAAGAAUGAACUUUAGUAAGGGCUGUCCACCGGUCUUCACUACACUCAGAUCUCUCUAUCAGGACAAAGAGAAGGUGUCAAUAAUUGAACAAUUAGUUGUUGGGUUUGAAACAUCUUUACGUAGCUGCCGAAUGUUCAGCCCAGAUGAUGAUGGCAAGGAGGAGCCGCCCACUACGUUACUUUGGGUGCAGUAUUUUUUGGCUCAGCACUAUGAUCAGAUUGGCCAUCACACCAUGGCUCUCGAUUACAUCAAUGCUGGCAUUGAGAGCACACCAACUCUCAUAGAGCUCUUCCUUGUUAAAGCCAAGAUAUACAAGCAUGCUGGGAACAUUCGGGAAGCAGCUCGCUGGAUGGAUGAAGCUCAGGCUCUGGACACGGCUGACCGUUUCAUCAACUCCAAAUGCGCCAAGUACCUGCUUAAAGCAGGCCUGAUCAAAGAGGCUGAAGAAAUGUGUGCCAAGUUCACAAGGGAAGGAGCAUCUGCCGUAGAAAAUCUGAAUGAGAUGCAGUGUAUGUGGUUCCAGACUGAAUGUGCUCUUGCCUAUAAAUCCUUGAAGAAAUGUGGAGAAGCACUCAAAAAAUGCCAUGAGAUUGAGAGACACUUUGUAGAGAUAACAGAUGACCAGUUUGACUUCCAUACAUACUGCAUGCGGAAGAUGACUUUGCGCUCUUACGUGGACCUGCUUAAACUAGAGGACGUGUUACGUAUGCACCCGUUCUACUUCAAAGCCUCACACACCGCCAUCCAAAUCUACCUCAACCUGCACGAUAACCCGCUAACUGAUGAUAGCAAGGAACUACAAGCUGAUACUGGGAAUCUGACUGACAAAGAGCUGAAAAAGUUAAGGAAUAAGCAGCGGCGAGCACAGAAGAAAGCACAGCUGGAGGAAGAAAAAAAGAAUGCAGAAAAAGAGAAACAGUUAAAGAAUCAGAAGAAGAAAAAAGAGGAUGAUGACGAGGAAAUCGGAGGACCUAAAGAGGAACUUGUACCAGAGAAACUGGCCAAGGUGGAAAACCCAUUAGAUGAAGCUGUAAAGUUUCUGACCCCUUUAAAUAACCUGGUGAAGAAUAAGAUAGAUACACACCUUCUGGCCUUUGAGAUCUAUUUUAGGAAAGAAAAGUUCCUAUUAAUGUUGCAGUCUGUAAAGAGGGCGUAUGCCAUUGACCCAGACCAUCCCUGGCUUCACCAGUGUCUAGUGCGCUUCUUUAAUGGAGUGUCUGAAAGCAAAGACCUAGCUGAAUCAGUGAGCAUGGUGCUGAGACAGGAAAUAUCCAGGCUGUUUGGGGACAGUAAUGCCAAGAGCUUUAACCAGGCCUUCCUCACUAAGCACUCCAAUUCCAUCCCACACCGAGUAGCAGCUGCCAAAAUGAUGUACUACUUAGACCCUUCAACACAGAAGAAAGCAGUGGAACUUGCAACAGCACUUGAUGAAUCGCUCAACAACAGAAGUGUUCAGAUCUGCACAGAUGUUUUGGAAAGCCUGCGUGACGGUAGCCUUGGAGAUGCAAAGGAGACUGCCGAGUUAUACCGGGCGGAGUGUCAAAAGAUCUACCCCUAUACGCUGGCCUUCAUGCCCCCAGGUUAUGAGGAAAAUAUGAAGAUUGCGGUCAAUGGUGAUGUCUCCACCGAAACUGAGGAGCUGGCCAAUGACAUGUGAACAUCUGAAAGGGUUAGAAGAUCUGAGGAAGGUGGAAUGGGGAAGCGAUGCAGCACUGUCGCCACUGUCGAUCACCCGAGACGGUUGCCAUUGACUUUUGCAAUUCUGUGAGAAACUGGCUGCGAUCUUCUACACCCCCUGAGAUUGCAGAUCGGAAUGAGAGACAAUGACUGUGUUUGGAGUGGAGGAUGAAGAUGAGGGAUGUGGUGUGGGGGAGACUAGAACAAAAUGCCCAUUUUACUUUUUUAACCUUGCUGAUGACUACUCUCUAACUGAAAACUAGUCAAACAUGCAUCCAUUUUUGAACUACAGUAUGUCUGAAUGCAAACUUUGUGCAAUGGCGAGAGCAAAUCCCAUAGUCAACGAACCAAGCAAGACAAAUGCACUCAAACCCAUCUUUCCCCUGUUUUAAAGAAUAAUUUAUAUGAAAAAAUAAAAGCUUAAAAAGUAAACUGAUUUGAUUUGUGACUGAA